AUGCCUUCGCCAUAUCUGCUAUCAUCAGAAUCACCUGCGCCGCCAGUUGCAACCUCUGCCGCGGCUUCAGUCCCGCCAAUCUCAACCACGUCACUGGCAGCAUCUAUGAUCAGUAGCGCCUUCUCCGCACCAAGCUCUGCUGAUGACGCGGAGUUGCAGAGGGCUAUUAUGCAUUCUAUUCUCACCCACGAACAUGAGGAGGGGACAUGCAGACAUCUAGACAUUAACGGCUGGGAGCUUCAUGACCUUGAGGCCAGCGACGAUUAUCUAGAUGGCCUGUCAGAUUCGGCACUACUCCAGGUUGCUGAUGCCCAGCAAUCAGACACCAAUAGCCAGCACUCACGUACCGAUGCCCAGCACCCAGACACUCAUGCCCCGCUCGAAGCCGGCGACGACCACCUAGCAGAGUCUGGCGACAGCGACUAUCUAGAGGACCUAGCAAAUUCUAGGCUACUCAAGACUGUCGGUAGAGUGCCAGGCGAACAGCUUCUCAAUGCUGAGGCAAGCCGAGAUGAUGUGAUCAACGAUGUCCACCCAAUGUUCCCUAAGCUUUCUCCCAAUAAUCCACGCAUUCGACGCUUCAAGAACAGUGUCUCAAAAGCACAGCAUGUACCACAUGUUAUACCAUCAAGGCAGAUAUCGCCUGCAUGCUGGGCAUCUAUUGACCCUGUUGUUGAUGCAUGGUGGGAUGACGGAAUUGAGGAUGAGCCUAUCCUCGCUAACCCACCUUCCUGGUUGCUACAGGCGAAAGAGAAGAGGCUGAAGUGUUCGGGUACCCUAGAUUCCCCCUUGCUGAUCGUUGGCACGUAUCCUACAGCGGCAACGUAUUCGACUGUCCACCCCAACGUUGCGACGACCGACGACCCAUCCAAUCAGUCGAUGAACGCAGUAAUCCGCAAAUUUGGACACUCGCUGCCUACUAACACACGCCCAUCGAUGGCGAUCCUAGAUUGGGUCCCAAUCAGGAUGCAUCGCGGCGACAUCGCCAGGUCGCGGCCCGGCCAACAUACCAGCAAGGAUCCAUUCCGCUAUCUGCCUCCCAAUCUCCUCAAGCAUUGA